AACAAAUCAUUAAGAAUCGAUUUUUCAAAUUGCAAUUGCAAUCAUGUAUAAUCGAUAAAUCGAUUCAUCUAGUCGAGAUUUUUAUUGAAUUAAAUUAUUUGUGAUAAAAUAAUUUUCUAUCUCAAAUGUUAUCAUAAUUAUGAGAUCUGUACAGGUUAGAAGCGUAAAAAAUGUUUAUCAUCAAGUAAUAAGCAAGAUAAACGUAGAUAUUUUCACACGUUCAAAAACAUGAAGAUGCAGUGGAUUAAUUUUCAAAAGCUUUUUAAAAUAGCAACAAGAUGUAAUUCAUUAAAUAGCCGUCAAAUUAGGAGCAUUUUUAUUUAUGGCAAUGAGGUGAAAGUGGCAAAAAAGAAUGGAUUUCCAAUUGUGGCUUUAGAAUCUACAGUUAUCACUCAUGGAAUGCCUUAUCCCGAUAAUUUAAACACAGCUGUUAAAGUUGAAAAUGCCGUCAGAACCAAAGGUGCAGUACCUGCAACAAUAGCUAUUUUAAAUGGACAGAUUCAUAUUGGUUUAAAUCAGGAGCAAUUAGAAAUAUUAGCUCGAUCAGAUCCUAUAAGAACCAUUAAGUGUUCUUGUAGAGAUAUAUCAUCUCUUGUUUCUCAAAAACUUAAUGGAGGAACAACUGUCAGCGCAACAAUGUUAAUAGCAAAUUUAUCAGGAAUACCUAUAAUGGCAACAGGAGGUAUUGGGGGUGUUCACCGUGGAGUAGAAUCAAGUUUUGACAUUAGUGCUGAUUUGGUAGAACUUGGUCGUACACCUGUAGCUGUUGUGUGCUCCGGUGUUAAAUCUAUUUUAGACAUUGAAAAGACAUUAGAAUAUCUAGAAACACAGGGAGUACCUGUUAUAAAAAUUGGUGAAACCAAUCAUUUCCCUGCAUUUUAUUGUACAGAAACUUUUCAAAAACUAAAAGUACCUCAUAGAGUUUCUAAUUCAAAAGAAGCAGCAGAUACGUUAAAAGCUCAGAAGGAAUUGAAUCUUCAAACAGGGUUGCUGUUUGUGGUUCCUAUUCCUCAAAAAUAUGCACUAGAUCCUAAAGAGAUGGAGUUAGCUAUAUGCAAAGCUUUGGAAAAAGCUAAAAGUAAUCAUGUAAGUGGUAAAGAUGUGACUCCAUUCUUGCUAAAAGAAGUGAAUAACAUUACACAUGGUCAAUCUUUGCAAGCUAAUAUGGCACUCAUAGAGAAUAAUGCAAAUAUAGCAGCAGAGAUUGCAGUAAAUUUGACCAGGAAACAUCUCCAUGGCUAUACCAAUACUAGUGCUGUCAAAUGUCAGUUGGUAGCAGAACGAAAUCCAAUUGUUAUUGGUGGGGCUGUGAUGGACACUACGUUGCAAGUAAAGGAGGCUGAGAUAAAAGACGAUGGUAGAACGCAUGCCGGUAGAAGCAGAGAAAGUUGCGGCGGGGUCGGACGGAACGUCGCCAACGCCUUGAUCAGCCUUGGUCUGAACAGUACGCGGUUAAUAUCCGUCGUCGGUAACGACCAGCCUGGGAAAGCUAUAAUUAAAAGUCUAGGAGAUGGUGGCCAGACCGUUGAGCAGUUGUCAAAUAUGAACACGGCUAGAUGUACCGUAAUAAUCGACUACCAAGGCGAGUGCCGUUUUGUAAUCGAUGAGAUGGAAGUACUCGCCAGUAUUAGCCCAAACUUGAUAAAGAAGUAUCAGUCGUUAGUAGAGAAUGCAAGCUUCAUCGUCCUUGAUGGCAAUAUACCUCUAGACACUAUUCGUUAUGUACUGGAUCUCGCAACGUAUUCAAAAAUACCAGUAUGGUAUGAACCUACGGACAUAAAGAAGGCAACUAAAGUAUUUGAAGCAAAAUCACAGUGGCAAAAUGUUUUACACUUUAUAUCUCCAAAUCGAAAUGAGUUAUCAGUCAUUGGAAAAUAUCUUGGUAUACCAGUACCAGAAAAUAAAUUAAAUAUGGACUUAGAAGAAGUAAAAAUAAUUGCAGAACAAGUGGCUGAAUUUGUCCCAGUAGUUAUAAGUACAUUGGGAUCACAAGGAGUACUGGUCGUACGUAAAGCCUUGGGAAAUGAUCCUUUUUAUGAUGAAGGAGGUAAAUUGAUUGCAAACACUAUGAUUAAUUCUCGUUUGUAUCCUCCUUUAUCCUAUGUUUCUGAUGAUUCAAAUGAAACAUUCAACGUAAGUGGUUGUGGCGAUUGUCUUACUGCUGGAAUAAUUUAUGGAAUUCAUAAAAAUUUAGACGAAACGGGUUGUCUUUCUUUAGCUUUAAAAGCUGCUGCACUUUCGUUAACUUCAUUAGAUGCAGUCCCAUCUUCACUCUCAUUAUUGUGCAAUGAUAUCAAAUCUUGAUAUAUAGAAUAACUAUUAAUAAUAGAUAAAAACAUUAUUGAGAAAUACAGUAGUUCAUAUCCUAAUGCAUUUAUCAAAUAAGCUAGUUUAUUUAUAUUUAUAUUA